AUGAAGAAUGUUCAAGAAACUUCUUGUAAGCUUUGUCUCAAAACUGUAGGUUUUGAGGUAAUAAACGACGUUAUUAGAGAUAGUUUAGAUGUUCUUUUGCUAAAAUUGAAAUUUGAUAGCAAGGGCAAAGAGGUUAUAUGUAACGUUUGCAAAAGAAAGUUAGACGCAGCAUUCGAAUUUAAGUCAACUUGUCUGAAGAACGAUUACACAAUUAUUCCAUAUGUGGAUUGUGAAAAAAUGUUACGGCUCGAUAUAAGAGAUGUGUAUACGAAGGAAAAGACAAACGAGUCAAUGGAUAUUUCAGAUGGUCAGAAAAUAUGUCGAUUGUGUAUGCAUCCAGUAGAAAGUGAGUUUAGGUGCAUUUGUGAAGAGGAACUUGAAGCUAUCGAGAAAUUGGUUCCUGAAAUGAAUAUAAAUAUCAUCAAAGAUCCCGUUGUUUGUAAGGAAUGCUUUGAUUCUGUGUGCACCCACAACAGUUUCCUAAAAAAUUGCUGGGAAGUACAGGAAAGAAUUAGAGGUAUUUUUAAUAGCGUAGGAACAGAAAGUCAGACAGAUACUUCACCAGCUGAUUUAUUCGUUAAGACUGAAAGCCAGGACAAAGAAUUGGAUAUCAACGAGAUGGAAAUGUCGAUCAAAGCUGAAAGUAUCGACAUAAAAUCUGAAGAUGAAGAAAACAGCCACUCGCUACUGCAGAGCUCCGAUAGUGAAUCGUUGGAGAAGAGUGUCCAUAGAGAUGCAGUCGAGGAUGGAUAUAAACAUGAGAAUAUAUCCAUAAACGAAUGUAAUACGAAAGUCAAGCAGGACGACAAAGUAUUUUACAAAUGUGAUAAAUGUCUUUACAAAACUGAAAGCGAGAGCCGAUUUAUAGCACACCGUGCGAGACACGAGAACAAUUUGGAAGCAUAUAAAUGUGAAUCGUGUGAGUAUGAAACAGAAAAUACAAAAUUUUUUCAGAAGCACCGGCUGAGGCAUGAAGAUCCUUUGGAAGUACGUAUGCACCGAUCCGGAUCAUUUGAUUACAAGACAAAGCACAAGUGUGAGCUUGCUAAGUGUCUGGUGAAACACAAAAGCGCAUCUGAAGGACGAUUGUACGAGUGUGACUUUUGUGAUUUCAAGACAAAACGUAAGGUCAAUUUUAAUAGUCAUUAUAUGAAACAUAAAAAUUCGAACAAUUGUGUAGAAUGUGACUGUAAAACCAAAUACACUGCAUUACCGAAUAAGGACAGUUUACAACUACCCAUUUAUAAAUGUGACGGUUGUACAUACGAUUCAAAGGAUAACAGAAACUUUACCAGACAUCGGUUGGUACAUAAAGAUCCUUCGCAGGUCAAAAUGUACAAGUGUAACAACUGUGAUUACGAAACUAGAUACAGGGAUAUUAUGAUAGAUCAUCAACUGAAGCAUAAAGAUCCUUCUAAAGUUCAAAUGUAUAGGUGUAAUGACUGCGAUUACAAAACUGUAUGCAAGAGAUAUUUCACUAAGCACCAAUUGAAACAUAAAGAUCCUUCGCAGGUUCAAAUGUACAAGUGUAACGACUGCGAUUAUGAAACUAGAUAUAGGAAGGAUUUCAAACGGCACCUACUGAAACAUAAAGAUCCUUCGCAGGUUAAAAUGUACAGAUGUAACGACUGUGAUUAUGAAAGUAAAUACAAGAGUGUUAUCAAACAACAUCAACUGAAACAUAAAGAUCUUUUGCAGGUUCAAACGUACAGGUGUAAUGACUGCGACUUGGAAACUAAAUACAAGAAUUGUAUCAAACGGCAUCAACUGCAGCAUAGAGAUCCUUCUCAGGUUCAGUUGUAUAGGUGUAACGACUGCGAUUACAAAACUAAAUACAAGAGGUAUAUCAAAGGGCACCAACUGAAACAUAAAGGUCCUUCCCAAGUUCAAAUGUACAGGUGUAACGACUGCGAUUUUGAUACUAAAUACAAAAGUUGCAUGAAAGGGCACCAACUGACACAUAGACAAUCUGUACCGACUGUGACUAUGAAUCCAAAUGCAGGAGAGGUGUAAAAUAUUACAGGUUGAAGCAUAGAGAGCCUUCACGAGUGUAUGAGUAUGCAAAGGUGUGUCGCCAGUGAUGUAAAAUGACCGUCAUUUAAGCUCGUGACGGUCAUUACACGUCAUAAAUAGUUUCAGUUAGGAAAAAUACUUAAAUGUAAAUGGUUUUUAUCUCCUCGCUAUGCAAAAUAAAAGUAAUUUUUCUAAAAUAUAAAUUACUGAAUUGCCUUAAU